AUGUCGAUGGAUAUUGAUGAUCAGCCCGUGGCCAUCCAGCCUGGCGGUACUGCUGGCAAUGGCGCGACGAUCCUCUGCUGUAACUGUGGCGCUCCCAUCGAUGGCACAUCUGCGACCGGCGCUCUCUGCUACGACUGCGUAAAACUCACGGUCGAUAUCUCCCAAGGCGUCCAGCGCGAGGCGACCCUGCACUUCUGCAAAGACUGCGACCGGUGGCUGCUGCCCCCGCAAACCUGGAUCGUCGCUCUGCCCGAGUCGCGCGAACUUCUCGCUCUGUGUCUCAAGAAGCUACGAGGUCUUAACAAAGUGCGCAUCGUCGACGCGAGUUUCGUCUGGACAGAGCCCCACUCGAGGAGGUUACGAGUCAAGAUCACGAUCCAGGACUCGGUGCAGGACGGUGUUCUGCUGCAGCAAAGCUUCGAGGUGCUCUACCUUCUACACACACAGCAAUGUCGCGAGUGCGCAAAGUCGUAUACCCCCGCGCACUGGCAGGCCUGUGUACAGGUCCGACAAAAGGUUUUGCACAAGAGAACGUUCUUGUUUCUGGAGCAGUUGAUCCUGAAGCAUGGCGCCCACAAAGACACGCUGAAUAUCAAAGAGGCCAAGGAUGGUAUAGAUUUCUUCUUCAGUGCGAAAAAUCAGGCAGAGAAGUUUAUCGACUUCCUCAACUCGGUGGUACCUGUCAAGGUGAAGGCAUCGCAGGAGCUGAUCUCUUUGGACACACACACCAUGAAAAGGACAUACAAGUUCUCCUUCUCGGCCGAGAUCGUGCCGGUCUGCAAGGAUGAUCUGGUCGCGAUCCCCAUCAAGUUGGCCAAGCAGGCGGGCAACAUCUCGCCUCUGCUUCUGUGCUACAAGAUCGGUACCGCCGUGUACCUGAUGGACCCUCAGACCCUACAGACAGCCGACAUUAGCGGCCCCAUCUAUUGGCGGGCACCCUUCAGCGCAUUGUCAGACACACAAGAGCUGGUUGAGUUUAUUGUGAUGGAUGUCGAGUACACCGGUCAGCAGAAGGGCAAGUGGAAGCUCGCGGAGGCUACCGUUGCCCGCGCUUCGGACCUCGGGUCCAAUGACACGACAUACUUCACCAGAACACAUCUCGGUGGCCUUCUACAGCCAGGCGACUCCGCCAUGGGAUACCUCCUCAGCGGAACCAACUACAACAACCCCGAGUACGAAGCCAUCGAGGAGUCCAGCACCUACUCUUCCACAAUGCCCGACGUGGUGCUCGUCAAGAAACACUUCCCCCGCAAGAAGAAGAGCCGCCGCCGCAACUGGCGCCUCAAGCGCAUGGACAAGGAUGAGGGUGAGCUGUUGCCCAAGAAGGCUGAUCAGGACCGCAUGGAACGUGAGUACGAGGCCUUCUUGCGGGAUGUCGAGGAGGACGAGGAGCUGCGUGCGGCACUGGCGCUGUACAAGCAGCAGAAGGAGGAAGAGGAGAUGAGCAUGGCGGAUGAAUCGGACGACGCCGAGGCGCCACAGGUGAACAUGGAGGAACUGCUAGAUGACUUUGAUGAGCUGCGCAUGGAAGAUGCGUAG